GGACCGGGACGGCGCUACGCGAGGGAGGUAUGGGGCUGGGGGUGGAACGAACAUGGCAAUCUCGGAAUCGUUCGACGGAGGACGCCAGUGCUCCUAUACGGAUGUGGCCGCCGCAUGGGCCGACUGGCAAACCGGGCGGUGGGCAUCUGGGGAGGCAACGGAACGAGCUGGAUUCUCGUCAAGCGAUGA